AUGGCAACAAGUACGACAGAAGGGCCAAUUAUUGACAACUCAAUCUUCACAGUCAUCAACAGUGAUGGCACAACUUCCUACUACACAGGCACUGGAGAGCUAAUAGACGGCGGGAUUUCAAUGCCCACCGAAGCCACAAAGGAAGUCACCGACAGCGACCGCGUCACUGCAAAGGGUUCACUCAAUCUACGCUCAAAGAAGACUGAGAGAAUGAAGCGGAAACUCGAGAAGAAGACCGCCAAGUCCUCGGCUCGCCGGCCAACUCAACUCCUCGAUCUUCCAAAUGAGACUCUUGUCGAUAUCAUCAGCCACAUGCUCCCCAGCGAGGUUUUAAAGACUGCCCAGACCUGCAAGACCCUCCGCAAGCUCAUUCAACACAACGAGAAGCUCCUCUCGCGUAAAAUCAUCUCUCAACGAUACGGCGUUCUCUCAAAGUGCUUCCGGCUCCCAGUCACACUCGAUGAGAUCGACCCUGAGCUUCACCCAGUCCUCCAGAAUGACGCCAGGAUCGACAUGCUCGGCAUCCACCGGCGAUACGUCCAUAUCCCUCAACCCCAGCCCUACGUCUUAUGUACCUGCCUCACUUGUGUCUUACGAUGGCAGGCCUGCUGCGUCAUUGUCGACUUCAACAAGUGGCGCCCCAACCUUGACUCUGGAGUUCCCAUCACUAUCAUGCGUCGGGGACAAGACGAUGCUUGGAAUAUAGUAUGGAAAGAUAGAAUACUAGAUAUCGUUCUCCAAGCCAUCCGCUCUCCGCUCGCCUACGCUCAUCUCCUCGAGGUUCAUCUCAACAGCACCUGUGCCGCGAUCAAGAGACAGAGAGCGAACAAGGGCAACCGGCGCCGUCACUUUGAGAUGUCCGAGGCCGAUGCGGAGUCCCUCACGGACGACUUCUUGGAGGGUAACGGCCCGCCUACCAUCGAUCUUCCAUACUCACGGGAUAACUAUUACAUGCUCGAGGCGUACAUGCCUGCAAGAACCUGGCUCAAAGACGAAGAGAAAUGGGUCUACAUCCCGGCAGAUUUCCACGACAGAGACCUCGACUGGGUGGCGAAGCGAUGGGGCCCGGAAUGGGGCGUCGCACAAGAACGGGGCAGUGGCUUUCGGGUGGUUGAGAAGGGACCGGCUUGA